UUCCUGAUAUUAUAUAGUAUGUUAACAAGGCUGCAAGAUCUGGAGGUCACUGUGAUAUAUUCAGUGAAGGCAACCUGGUCAAGGACAGUGAUGGUGGCUGAACUGAGCUUCAACUCUGUUUCUGGACUGGUCUCCUAAACCAAAAAUAAGGUAGCAUUUAACUAAACUGCAAUGCCAGUGAAAGUCAUUGAGGGUUACUGAGUGCAGUCUGUGUGUGUGACAGAGAGAGACAGUGUGUGUGUGUGAGAGAGAGAGAGAGAGAGAGAGAGUGUGCGCCUGCAUUUGAGCAAUAGGAGGAGGAGCGAGGGAGUACACUAAGAAGAAACAGAACAUGCCCUGACUCAGGUUUCAGAGUGGAAAAGGGAAGAAAAGAAAGGAGACUGGACGGGCGCCUUUCUGUGGCAACAGUGAACUUUUUUAUGGAGCCAGUCAGACUGGAGAAUGAAGAUCUGUGCAGGGUUAACAGUUUUCCUGACUAGUGUUUUCUUCAGAGGUGUUUGCACAGCCAUUAAUGCCACAGUCACUCCGUCUCCAUUCCUGGUGGCAGUUGAGGGUGAGAACGUCACUCUAUCAUGUCAGGUGACCCAGCGGCACAAAUCAGACACGGCUCUAGUGCUACGCUGGAUUUUCCAUCCUGCUUCUGGAGGAGACGAGCAGCUCCUUGCCAAAGUGAACAUGAGGCGGGCCAAAUUCUAUGGAAACUACACCAAGAGCUUCCCCAAACCCAAGAUUAAGUUAAUAGUUGUGAAGCAGGGUAAGAUCUACAACCUCUUGAUCAUCAACAUUACCAGAGAUGACAGAGGCUUGUACAGCUGCAAAGUGCAGGAGUUUAAGAAGCAUCAGGACAGGUGGAAAUCGUCUGCCAACUCCACAGCAGCUACAGAACUUAAAGAUGUGUAUCUGUGCGCGGUGCUGAUUUGUUGUGUGGGGCUCCUGUGCAUGUGUAUGUUUACCGUGGUCGUAGGCUGCCAGUAUCUGCAGAAGAAGAGGCAUUUAAAAGAAAAUUAUCAUUUGGUGAAGAGUCCCCAAAACAGUUCUGGAGAAACAGUCACAAGCGUUGUUAGCUUAUCUCCAGCUCUUCCCAAGAAGCAAAAGAAUUACAAGAUGAAGAAAAAAGUAGAACAGGUGGAGGAGCCACCAGAGAUCCCAGCUAAAGCACCCAUUGCUGACAGACUGAGAAAGCCAAAACUUUUAAAACCUCAACCAAGAAAGAUCAUUUUGCCAAAGAUUGCAGAGGAGAGUUUAACUUAUGCAGAACUUGAACUGGUUAAACCUCUGCCAGAUGCCAAAACUUCAAAGACAGGAACUGUGUAUGCCCAAAUCCUUUUUGAAGACAAAAUGGUGUAGGAUGAAAUUAUUUUCCUUUAUUAUUGAUUAUUUAUAAUGCUCAAUAUUACUGACAAUGUCUAGUAAACUUACCUGAGACCAGAUUUGUAACAUAGUGUUGAAUUGUAAUUCUUUGUUCAUAUUGUGUUGUAUUAUUUUUAUUAUUGAGAAACUCAAACACUCUGCAUAUAGACUGCUACACAAGACGCCGGGCCGACUGAUGACACAGACAGUGGUAAAGAACAUUCCACUGUGUUUUGUCUGACACAUCUCCUAGCUGUAUAAACAGCCAUUUUUAGCCAUAGACUCCCCUGUAACUACUCCUCUUAUCAGAGGUCUCCUUUCAUCUGUGUGCCAAGAUCAACUCCCUCCUCUGGCUAUGCACAAAUUAGUGAUCCAAGGUAGACCUUGAUUGCUAGUUGGAGCUGGAGAACCAGACAUGAGCAAAAUACUGAAAAAUCAUGUUUGCUUUAAUCACUGUAUGCUACAUUAUGUUUAUCUCUUUAGUGCAUGCUACGCUAAUGUAUGAGCAAAAUACUGACUGAAAUGAUAAUGAUAACCUUCGUAUCUGUAUCCACCAGUUUUUAGAGAUCAGAAUCAAAAUCUCCUUACUUGCCAUUCAACAUACAUCUACAUUAUGUAAUUACUAAUAAAACCUGUAUAUAUGUAUAUACACACACCAUGAAGCCAGUUUACUUGGUAGUAAAUAGUUGGAGCUGGUAAUCUUGAAAAUCUGUGUAUAUGCAACAACAUGACACAACACAUGUAACAUGGUCAUAACCUAUGACAAUAUAAAACGGUACACUCUCAAAAAAAAAGGGUACUUUUCUUGCCACUGAGGUGAUAUCUUUAUCUUUUUUACCUGGAAAUGUGAAUAUAAUGUACCUUGAAAAUGAUUUAAGGUACAUGACUGAACUGUAAUUGCCUUUUUGAGUAAAGUUUUGAGGUGCACUACGUGCACCUUUCUAGGUAAAAAUACACAGUAGAGGUACAAAAGGUGUACAACUGAGGGUAUCACCCCAGCAAACAGGAAAGGCACCGUUUAGUACCCUUUUUUCUAAGAGCGUACAGUAUUGUAGCAUUGUACUCUAAUGCAACUUCAUGAUUGUGAUGAGUGUGAGCAGAUGGGAUUCAGCCUAUUGCACGGUAUAAUUAAAAAAACAUAUCACACAAUAAACCACGAUAGGAACUUUUGCAUAAAUAUCUAUUAUAACUGUCCAUUACAGACAGUAAUAGUCAUUUGAAACCUUUGGGAUUGACAGAUGGAAGUGGACAACCACUAUUCCUGAGCAGCUUAACUGGAACUCAUCUGCAUCUUUUUCCAUGUUUUAUUAUUUUUAUUAAAUAUAUUUUAUUAGUCCUUUGGACUCAACUCUGGAAAAGCCUCAUUUUCCAAACAAGCAGAAACCAACAUGGAAACCUUCAUGUUGCACAGAAUUAUGGGAUGCCAUUAACCCUUCCAUUUAGAAAAGGGUACUGACAUUAUAACAAAUCUUUGUCUGGGAAAGUUAUUUAACUGUGAAAAUGAAAUACUCCUCCAAACCACACUGAGCAUAAUGAGAGACCACUGUGUAUACCACUAAUAAGUACCAGCUGUGAAUUCAGCACAACAAGGCCAUCCUGAGCUCACACAAACAGAACACGCUGCAUUGAUUCUCUCUUUCCAGUCACACGCUUACAUGAGCAUACUGCAAAGGUUUUAUAAAAGAAUAAAAUUAGGUUUGUGCAAUUUGAGUAAACAUGUUGACAUGGUAACCAGGUUAAUUGAUUAAUGUAUACCUUAUAUGUGUCCUGUAUGUAUUGUUUCUUAUAUGUAUUGUUUUUUUAUAAAGUAAAAAAAAAAGACAAAUGGCCAUGUUUGAUUCAUUGCCAAAUGACAACAAAUGCAGAAAAUUAUAUCAAUAUCUUGAAUAUACAGAUUACAUUUAUCUAGCAUUUCUUAUUAUAAGAUCAUGACAAACAAAUAUAACAUCUCUAGACAUUUUUUUCUACUAAUUCCCAACCUGACAUUGGCUUUUGUAAACAAAAUGCCAUUGGUAACUGU